AUGAAUAAUAUGAAAACAAGAAAAGAACAGGAAGAGGGAGAUGAUAAUCAGACAGCAAUCGCAUUUCAACAAAUACAACAACAACAACACUCCGCAAAUACGCCGACUAUGAAAUUUGUUGCCGCCAAACAAUUGAUUCAAUACAAUCGCAAGAAUCGAAUGGAUCCGAAGGUUUCGAUUGGAUUUGUGCCUGGUGUUAUGAAGAAGCAGAAAAUCAAACCGCCGACGGCUGUUGGAGGAGGAGGAGGAGGAGUUACAGCAACUAGUAAUGUAGUUAAGAAAUGA